AUGGAUGAGAAAUACGACGCCGUCAUUCUCGGCACCGGUGUGACCGAAUGCGUGCUUUCCGCACUCUUGUCCGUCGAGGGCAAGAAGGUGCUGCACAUCGACAGAGGUCAGGUCUACGGUGGUGAGAUGGCCUCGCUCAACCUCACGCAGCUCUAUGAAAAGUUCCGCCCUGGAGAGGAGCCGCCCAAGGACUGGGGUCGUGACCGUGAUUGGGCCGUCGAUCUCAUUCCCAAGCUCAUCAUGGCCAACGGUGAGCUCACUCAGAUGCUCGUCCACACCGACGUCACCCGCUACCUCGAGUUCAAGCAGAUCGCCGCCUCUUACGUCUACCGCGACGGCAGAAUCGCCAAGGUCCCUGCCACAGAGAUGGAAGCCGUUCGAUCUUCCCUCAUGGGCCUCUUCGAGAAGCGCAGGGCCAAGAAGUUCUUCGAGUUCAUCCAGAACUGGAAGGAUUCGGAUCCCGCCACUCACCAGGGCCAGGAUCUCGACUCGGACAGCAUGCUCAAGAUCUUCAACUACUUCGGUCUCGAGCCCGGAACCAAGGACUUUAUCGGCCACUCGAUGGCCCUCCACCUCGACGACUCAUACCUGCAGCGCCCUGCUCGUGAGACAUACGAACGCAUCAUCCUCUACACCUCUUCCAUGGCUCGCUACGGCAAGUCACCCUACAUCUACCCGCUCUACGGUCUUGGCGAGCUUCCUCAGGCCUUUGCUCGUCUCUCGGCCAUUUACGGUGGUACCUACAUGCUCGACAAGCCCGUCGACGAAAUCGUCGUCGACUCGGAGACUGGCAAGUUCGUUGGCGUCCGCAGCGGUGAAGAGACCGUCAAGGCCGACAUGCUCAUUGGCGACCCCAGCUACUUCCGCUCCGAGGUCAAUGGCAAGAAGAAGGUGCGCGAGACAGGCAAGGUGGUGCGUGCCAUCUGCAUCCUCAAGCACCCCAUCCCCAACACGGACAACUCGGACUCGGUUCAGCUCAUCAUCCCGCAGAACCAAGUGGGACGAAAGCACGACAUCUACAUUUCCGAAGUUUCGAGUGCACAGAACAUUGCCGCGCGUGACUUCUACGUCGCCCAGGUCUCGACGAUUGUGGAGACCGACAAACCCGAACUCGAGCUGCGACCCGGUCUCGACCUGCUCGGCCCCAUCUUGGACAAGUUUGUCUCGAUCAGCCCGAUCGAGGAGCCCACCGAGAGCGGCAAGGACGACAACAUCUUCAUCACACGCUCGUACGACGCCACUUCGCACUUCGAGACCGUCGUCGAGGAUGUGCACGAGGUGUGGAGGCGCAUCACCAACGGCGAGAAGCUCGUGCUCAAGAAGCGCGACGACGGUGAAGGCGCACAGGUUCAGGCUUAA